UUCCCCACUUUCUAAAUUGUAAAAUAGGAAUAAAAAAAAUACUCUUAAAUAUAUAUACGUACAAACAAGAUUAUCGUCGUACAUAUAUAAAUAUAAAUCCAUUUACCGCAAAUCCAGCAUUUCUUCAUUUUCCAAUUUCCUUCUCCGAUCCCAUCGCCCCUCCCUCGCUCUCUCUCUCUUUCUCUCUCUCUAUCUCUCUAUUUUCAUUUUUUUUAUCCAUUCGUUUGGAUUUUUGGUUCUGAAACUUUGGGGCUAGGGUUUUGCGAGAUGGGGCAACAAUCGCUGAUCUACAGCUUCGUGGCGCGUGGCACGGUGAUCCUCGCCGAAUAUACCGAGUUCACCGGUAAUUUCACCAGCAUCGCGGCUCAAUGUCUCCAGAAGCUCCCUGCUUCCAACAACAAGUUUACCUAUAACUGCGAUGGCCAUACCUUCAAUUACCUCGUUGAAAAUGGAUUCACCUAUUGUGUAGUAGCAGUUGAAUCUGCUGGCAGGCAAGUUCCAAUUGCAUUUCUGGAACGAGUCAAGGAAGACUUCAACAAGAGAUAUGGUGGAGGGAAAGCUGCAACUGCUACUGCGAAUAGCCUGAAUAGAGAAUUUGGGUCCAAAUUGAAGGAGCAUAUGCAGUAUUGUGUGGACCAUCCUGAAGAGAUCAGCAAACUUGCCAAAGUGAAGGCUCAAGUUUCAGAAGUCAAGGGUGUUAUGAUGGAAAACAUUGAGAAGGUCCUUGAUCGUGGUGAGAAAAUUGAGUUGCUGGUGGAUAAAACUGAGAACCUUCGCUCACAGGCACAAGACUUUAGGCAGCAGGGAACUAAGAUGAGAAGAAAGAUG